UACAAUCAGCUGGUUCGAGUGCUAUUUCCGAACAUAAUUAAAGAUAAAGAUGAAAGACGCCGCAGGAAAAUAACCCGGAACUUAUUUGUUAUAUUGCUACUUCUGCACCCGAGAUUUCCAUAAAUCUGUGUUCUUAUGAGCGCCAAAAACACAAUCUACAUUUUAAUCUAUAUAAAAAAAAAACAAGCGCAAGCGCGCAGACAAAUGUACGUCCGGGGCCGUGUCAUCACCGCCUUCUCUUUUCUUGUAAAGGUCGAUCGCGAUAGACGCCACCUGUCAGGCAACUUACGUGGAUACUUAAGAAAAGCGGUGACGCACAAGGCGCUGAAUCUAACAUCGGCUUCGCUCUGCUCAAGCGGUAAUGGGUGACAUCAAGGCGAGUUUAUUUCUGGCGCUUUAUGGUCUGUUUCUGCUGGGCUGUUAUGUUGAUACCACAAGCUCGCCCCCCACGUGUGGGCCAGGUCAGUGCUCGAAGUCACAAGACCCCCCCCUGGUCCAGAGGGUGAUGUUUCAGAAGUGCAACUCCAGCCUAGACUACUGCAUUCAUGGGGAGUGCAUACAGCUGGAGGACAUCCCCGAACCCCACUGCAAGUGCCCAUCAGGUUAUUUUGGACCCAGGUGUGAACAUCUAGAUCUGGACAAGAGCAUACAGCCAACAAUAAGUGAGGAGCACAUCAUCCUCACCGUGAUGUGUGUUGGGCUGUUGCUCAUUGGGAUUGCAGGCCUCCUCUACUUCAGCAUCAAGUGGACCCAGAAGAACAGAAGACCACCUCCAGAGAAAAAUAUAUCAGGAAGUGCAGAUGGCUUGAGCAACAGCUGUGUGUGUGUGUUCCCUUAUGUAUGACUUUGACCAUAUUUAUAAUGACAAAUAGCUCAACAGGUGUUUUAAGAACUCAAGUCACAAAUAUAUAUAUAUAUAUA